ACAGGGUAAUAUUUUAUAUUCCUUGAGAGUGUGUCAUUAGAAUUGUUGUAGUCAAAUGCUUGGUGGAGUGUCCAAAUGGUUUUACCAGGCUUUCUGACUAUGAUAUUGAGGAGCCUGCACCUCUACCUUGCAGCAGCUCCACUCUUUAAUUAUUGCAAUUGCCCUGUAUACUUACACAACUCUUUCCCGUUAUCUUUCUGGGGACAUCCACUGCACAUCCAAAUAUAGUAUUGUGUGUGUGUUAAAUGAAAAUGGUAAUGCACCACCCCUUUGCUUCACUCAGGGAUUAUCUACCUUAGCUGUUUUUUAACAGAAACUUUCUCCUUACACCAGGAUAUCUUGGCAGUGAGGUCACUUCUAGAAAAGGGGGAACUGUUACGAGCAUGCUUGAUGUGGAGUAAGUUGCCACCACUUGUCGAAAUUCUCCUAAUUCUCCUUUUUCUUCUCUGUUUUGCUUGCCUGUCUUACUGCUUCUUGGAACAUGGGAUGUGGAUCUCCUUAUCACCUGGAAAAAUCCUGUCCUUGGAAUCUGGAUGUGGAUAAUGUGGAACAAUCCACCAUGACGACCGAAUCGGGAUCAGACUCGGAGUCCAAGCCGGAGCAGGAGGCGGCGCCCCAGGAGGCGGUGGGGGCGCAGAGCCGUUCGGGGGCGCAGCACGAGGAGCCCCCCAGCGGGGGCGGCACAGAGCCCGGGGCUCCGGAGCAGUUCCAGGGCGCGGUGGCGCACAGCACCCCGGUGCGCAGGCAGGUCACCGACAAGGAGCAGGAGUUUGCUGCGGCAGCUGCCAAACAGCUCGAGUAUCCGCAGUUCGAAGACGAUAAACUCUCUCAGAGGUCCUCCAGCAGCAAACUCUCCCGGUCGCCUUUAAAGAUCGUCAAGAAGCCCAGAAGUAUGCAGUGCAAGGUGGUCCUCCUGGAUGGCUCGGAGUACACCUGCGAGGUGGAGAAACGCUCCCGAGGGCAAGUGCUGUUUGACAAAGUGUGCGAGCACCUGAACCUGCUGGAGAAGGACUACUUUGGCCUCACGUACCGCGAUGCCGAGAACCAGAAGAAUUGGUUGGACCCUGCUAAGGAAAUUAAAAAACAGAUUCGAAGUGGCGCUUGGCACUUUUCAUUUAAUGUGAAGUUUUACCCACCAGACCCUUCCCAGCUCUCUGAAGAUAUAACCAGGUACUACCUCUGCCUCCAGCUACGCGAUGACAUCGUGUCUGGACGGCUGCCUUGCUCCUUCGUGACCCUCGCCCUGCUGGGCUCCUACACGGUCCAGUCAGAACUUGGAGACUACGACCCUGACGAGUGUGGCAGUGAUUACAUCAGCGAGUUCCGCUUUGCCCCGAACCACACGAAGGAGCUGGAGGAUAAGGUGGUUGAGCUGCACAAGAGCCACAGAGGAAUGACACCAGCGGAAGCAGAAAUGCAUUUCUUGGAAAACGCCAAAAAGCUCUCCAUGUAUGGGGUAGAUUUACAUCAUGCCAAGGACUCAGAAGGAGUAGAAAUCAUGUUAGGAGUCUGUGCGAGUGGUCUGUUGAUAUAUCGUGACCGACUGCGAAUAAACAGAUUUGCCUGGCCCAAGGUUCUGAAAAUCUCAUACAAAAGGAACAACUUUUACAUUAAGAUUCGGCCGGGAGAGUUUGAACAAUUUGAAAGCACCAUUGGGUUUAAGCUGCCAAACCAUCGAGCUGCUAAGCGUUUAUGGAAAGUGUGUGUGGAGCACCAUACGUUUUUCAGACUACUACUACCGGAAGCACCUCCAAAGAAAUUCCUCACCUUGGGUUCCAAGUUCCGGUACAGCGGCCGGACACAAGCGCAGACGAGGAGAGCCAGUGCGCUGAUAGACCGCCCUGCGCCUUACUUCGAACGCUCCUCCAGCAAGCGCUACACCAUGUCACGCAGCUUGGAUGGAGCAUCAGUGAAUGAAAACCAUGAAAUGUACAUGAAGGAUUCUGUGUCUGCUGCAGAGGUUGGUACUGGCCAGUACGCCACGACAAAGGGCAUCUCUCAGACCAACCUGAUCACCACUGUGACUCCGGAGAAAAAGGCGGAGGAGGAGCGUGACGAGGAGGAGGACAGAGGGAGGAAGGCCGAGGAGGCCACGCCUGUGUCUGCGAUCCGGCACGAGGGAAAGUCACCCAGGCUUGGCACUGAUUCAUGUCCCUUGUCACCUCCAUCCGCCCCUCCCGACCCCGCAUCCCCCCCAGAGCUCCGUAGGAGGUGUAAGGAGAAUGAACACAAAGCACCGGGCUUCGAGGUGCCCCGAGCGGAGCCCGCGCCGGAAGAGCCCACGGUGGAGGCGUGCCCCGGGGACCGAGACGCGGCCUUCCGCUGCAGGCGGCCCGCCAGCAAGGGCGCCACCCUGUUCUCCUUCUCCUUGCAGCUCCCCGAGUGCUUCCCAUCGCUGCUCGAUGACGACGGGUACCUCUCUUUCCCCAGCCUGUCCGAGACCAGCCUCCUGCCUCAGAGCCUGCAGCAUUACCUCCCGAUCCGCUCGCCCUCCCUCGUGCCCUGCUUCCUCUUCAUCUUCUUCUUCCUGCUCUCCGCCUCCUUCUCAGUGCCAUCCGCCCUCACGCUCUCCUUCCCUCUGGCUCUGAGCCUCUGCUACCUGGAGCCCAAGGCGGCCUCCUUGAGCGCCUCCCUAGACAGUGACCCGAGUGACAGUUCAGAGGAAGAGACAGACAGCGAGCGCACAGACACCGCGGCUGACGGGGAGACCACUGCCACUGAGUCAGACCAGGAGGAAGAUGCAGAGCUCAAGGCACAGAAUAGUCUGAUUAAGCGAAUAAAGGGUGAAAAUGUGUAUGUCAAACAUAGUAACCUUAUGUUAGAGGAGCUAGAUAAAACCCAAGAUGAACUGAUGAAACAUCAAACCAACAUUAGUGAGCUGAAAAGAACGUUCUUAGAGACCUCCACAGAGACUGCCGUAUCGAGCGAGUGGGAGAAGAGGCUUUCUACCUCCCCCGUGCGGCUUGCGGCCAGGCAGGAGGACGCUCCCAUGAUCGAGCCCCUCAUGCCUGAAGAGGGCACAGAGGACUGGGUUAUUGUAGACAAAAUACCCACUGAGGUAGUUGAUGGUGAUUCGAGAAAGACUGUAACUUACAAGGUGGUGACCAUGAGCGGUAGAUCAGGUGACAUCCCGGCGGAGCUGCUGAAGUCCAGCAUGAUUGAGAUCCACACCUUCGAUGACCUGGCCCGAGAAAUGCAGCUGAAAGAAGAGAGCCAACAGAAGCUGUACACUCUGGGGAAGUCCUAUGACACCGUGUCAGGAAGAAUUGUUACGAUGACAGGGAAAGGGAAGGAUGGGGAGAGGGCACCCCAGCCUUGCUCACUGGAAGCGCUUCAGAAGAUGCAGACGGGAGUGUCGGAGCCGGGGAAGGUCAUUCCCAUCCUGGCGGAAUUCGAGGUCCUGCAAGCCCUGGCUGAUGAGAAAUCUAAGAGAGGACCCGAGGUCCAGACGCCAAAGCGCAAGUUGUCAGAAUCCCUGACGCCCAUCAAGGAAGCUGAAUCUCGUCUCCAGAGUCCAGAAGAUGACCCCAGGAAGACCCCCGUGCUGGCGGACCAGGUGGCUGCCCACCCUCGCCCUGAAAGUGGACGGUUCAGCAAAGCGGAGCAAGCUCCAGAGGGCGAGGUGCUAAAAGUGGGACUCUUUGGGCCCCGGAGGAAGAGCCUGUCCGAAUGGAGAUAUUCCCAGGAGCCGGGCGUCACAGUUGCUACUGCUCAUUACGUCACCGAGUCGUCCGCGUCCCGAGUGGUGACUAAGCAGUCUUCUGGAGAAAAGCUCAUGGACGGCUCUGAAAUCCUCAGUUUAUUAGAGUCGGCACGCAAGCCCACAGAGUUCAUAGGCGGGGUGACUUCCACUUUGCAGAGCUGGGUGCAGAAGGUGGAAACCAAGACAGAGUCCAGCGAAGCAGAGACGGAAACGACCCCGCAGCCCCAGCCGCUCGGCACCGAGAAGCUGGUGCAGGAGACCAUGCUGGUGGAGGAGCGGCGCGUGAUGAAAGUGCAUGCGAGCGGGGAUGCUUCUCACACCGCGGAGGACAAGGCAGAGACUGCAGCACAGCCUGUGCCCAGCGGUGCUCCUGGCGUGAAGGGGAAGGAGGUCGCCAAAGAGGAGAGAGGGACGGAGGCCGAGAGACCUGACCUAGGACAGGAUGACAUAGCCACUGCCUCCCACAAGCAAGAGGAGGACCGGGGAGCCGCCGUCCACGUUUCUGAAGCCCCGGAGCCAAAGGCUCAUUUCGAGUCGUCAGCCACGAAGACGGAAACCAUCAGUUUUGGCGGUGUUUCCCCAGGAGGUGUCAAACUAGAAAUUUCUACCAAGGAAGUGCCAGUAGUUCACACGGAGACAAAAACCAUCACGUACGAAUCAUCACAGGUCGAUCCUGGAGCUGAUCUGGAGCCAGGCGUGCUGAUGAGUGCCCAGACCAUCACGUCGGAGACCACCAGCACCACUACCACCACGCACAUCACCAAAACUGUGAAGGGAGGCAUCUCGGAGACGAGGAUUGAGAAGAGAAUCGUCAUCACGGGAGACGCCGACAUCGACCACGACCAGGCGCUGGCUCAGGCAAUUAAAGAAGCCAAAGAGCAGCACCCUGACAUGUCAGUAACCAAAGUAGUGGUCCAUAAAGAGACAGAGAUCACACCGGAAGACGGAGAGGAUUGACCGAGGAAUAACGUGGCUUGCACAUGAAUCCAAUAUUUGCAAACCAUUAGGAAAACCAGAGCCUCUAAGGAGUUGCCACUUCUAACCCAGCUGGCUUGUAUCUGUCCGUGGAGAAUUCCAAUCCAGAAGAAUUGGCCUUGACCUUUCCUAAAGACACUGGCAGGGAGGUCUUCCCAUAAUAAAGCAAUCUAAAUCAGCAUCACUAAACUGAUAAUGCAUGAAGCAACGAUAAAAUUACAAACAAGCGACAUUUUUCCUUUUCACAAAAUGUCUCAGUUUUCUGCUGUACCUGCACGUUCACAGCCAACACUAUAAACCGUGAUCCUCAUGUAACACAUCAACAGUUCAUGCCUUUCAUAGUUUAUUAUUAUUAAAGUCUCAGCAAAAUUGCAAUUUCUUAGGUGACAGAUCUGUUUACAGAUACAUGAAGGUUACCCUACAAUGCUAGAAUCUGGCUAGGUCGGUGUGUCCGAUUUACCCCAGAUUAGAUGUGCCAAUAACCGAGUCUAUUCAGUAAACAACUUGAAUCUUGUACUUGUUUCAUCUGGUUUUAUUAUUCUCAGCCGUAAAUGGUAAAGACUCUCUGACCCUCUGGCAAUAUUUAAUGCUUACAAUCUUGCUUUGUGCAUCUAAUUUAAUCCGUUAAAAGGUAGUACUGAUGUUAGCAUAUUCGUGUGAUUUCUUCCUCAUUGUUCGCUUUGGUCUGCGUUCAAUCUGGAAAGAGUUCCCUAACAAGUCUUGAAUAUGUAAAUUGUCAUUGGAUUGGGAAGAAAACCUGUGUUUUUGUUAGUUUACAAUAUUAGGAAAUUUCCCUCCCAGAAAACCCAGCAGGCUUCUGUUGCUGGGUUCUUUGUUUCUUUUUCCUUGUAUAUGUUUCAUUGAAUUUCUUCUUUUACUUGAAAAAAAGAGUUUUAUUUCCAAAUCUGGUCCAUAUUUACAAUCUAGUUCAGAGCCAAGCCUUAAACUGUACAGACUUUCCACUGUAAUUAAAACUAUUUAGUGUUUAGUUAUAAAUAGCCUUCAGAAAUACAUAUUCUCCAUCACACUGUCAACUGCAUUACACCCUGUGGUGAAUGAUGUUUCUGCAUAGCAAAAUAAAAAUAACAAAUGCAUCAAAAAUU